AUGGUCAAGCGUACUCGUAAGGUCGGUGUCACAGGAAAAUACGGUGUCCGCUAUGGUGCUUCCUUGCGUAAGCAAGUAAAAAAGAUGGAAAUCUCACAGCACGCACGUUACACAUGCACCUUCUGUGGUAAAGAUUCAGUAAAGCGUACCGCUACCGGUAUCUGGAACUGUAAGGCCUGUCGUAAGGUUAUUGCAGGUGGUGCCUAUGCUUUGGCUACUCCAGCAGCAACCACUGUCCGUAGCACCAUCCGUCGUCUCCGUGAUGUUCACGCUGAUUAA